AUGUACAGCAUGAAGAAAUUGAAAGUCACCACCACCAUGAGUGAUUCAGGGUGGAGUUUCUCUUUGAGUUGCAAUUUGGGUUUCACUUUGGGAGCACGACCUCCCACAACAACCGUACAUUGUGGAAUAUGCAUGGAAGAUGUUCCAUCGAUCUCAAUCUUCAAGACCACAGAGCGAUGCGAACAUUCCUUCUGCAGUGACUGCAUGUCCUCAUACAUCGUCGCGAGGAUCCAGGAUGGAGCGGCGAAUGUGCGAUGUCCCGGGUCGGCUUGUGCGGCGGUGCUAGAUCCUGUUUGCUGCAAACGGCUUGUCCCGAGCAUGUGGUUUGGCCGAUGGUGCAACCUUCUAUGCGAAUCGGCCAUCCUAGAUUUUGCGAGGUGUUACUGUCCGAACUCGAAUUGCGGAGAGAUGAUUAUAAACGAGUGUGGAGGGGGUGCGGGUGUGAGGAGAUUCAAGUGUCCCAGUUGCAAUCAACUCGGUUUGUUUCGCAACGAGAAUGUUCAUCUGCUGGAACGUCUUGCGAAGAGGCAGCAAUGGAAGCGGUGUCCGCAAUGUAAGAUUUAUGUGGAGCGCCAUGGAGUUUGCAACAAGAUCGUGUGCAGGUAA